UUCUGUCAAGAUGAACCAUUAGGACGAUCCAGUUCUGUAGAAACACAUCCGAGCCCAAAAUUGCUGGACGGGAAGGAACACGAGACGAACCACGCCACGCAAGAUGCACCGAAACCCUCGCGCCGUCCUCCGCGCCGCCGUCGCCGCCCUCCUCCGCCCGGCCGCCGCCACCGCCCCCAGCGCGGCGUCCCGCCAAGCCCUACCCAAGGCGACGCCCGCGCCCACGCUCGCAGAGUGGCGACCCCUCCCGGCGGCGGCGCUCCCGGGCAGCGGCAGCCGCCGCGCCUUCUCCUCCUCGGCGGCGGACUACGGCAAGGACGUGGACGAGGUGAACCGCAAGUUCGCGGAGGCGCGGGAGGAGAUCGAGGCGGCCAUGGAGAGCAAGGAGACGGUCUACUUCAACGAGGAGGCCUCCGUCGCGCGGGACGCCGCCAACGAGGCGCUCGCCGCUUUCGACGCGCUCCUGGCGCGCCUGCCGCCCGCCGACGCUGACUCGCUCCGCCGCUCCAUGGGGCUCAAGAUGGAGCAGCUCAAGGCCGAGCUCAAGCAGCUCGAGGACUAGGCCGGCGAAAGGUUUGAAUUUUGGGAGGAAAUUUGGGCGAAGCUAGCUAUACAUGUUCUUUUCAGAUUGAAAUUCCUAGGUGUUUUGGUUGGUGAAUAAUGUAGCCCAACAAUCUGUGGAAAUGCCAAUGUGUUCUUUUUGGUGGCAGAUCCGUAGCUAAUAUGUCAUGUUUGCUUGGUUUACCAUCUACUCCAAUUGGCCACUUUUGAGGCCUUCCAUUGAUACUAAUUAGAAGCUAAACUGGAAAUGUGCUCGUGUGUCAGGAUUGAGCUUCAUUUGCAUUUAUUCCUGCUUAUUACUGAAUGAUACAAUGAUGCUUCAUUCCUCCUUA